UCUAAUCUACCUCAAAAGUAGGAUAAAGUGCCUGAACCCUGCAGGAGUGACUAUCAACGUGAUGGAAAGGUACAGGACAUAAUUUACUACCAAUUCUAAAAUCCAACUCAGAAUUGUCCUCAAAAAUCUGAACAGCUCCAUCGAAUGUGAUGAACUGCUAUUUUUGAGGACUUAAUGACCUAAAACCAGAUUAUUUCCUCGUAGUUGCCAUCUUUUAUGAAGGAAAGCUAGAAUUCUCAAGGAAGAAGUUCUACCGGGCUUCUAGUAGUGACUUCAAAUUCUCUGAACUUCCUGAAACAUUGAAGCAGCAUAAUGAAUAUGUUAAUAAAUACAAUGAUUUCUUUAAUGGAAAGCAUGAAAAUAUUAAAAAAUUUAGAAACCCUAACUGGUGAAGGAAAAUACGAACAGGCAGCUGAAGAAAAUCCUGAAGGAAAGGGAGAAGAUAAUAAAGAUACCGAUACUGAGCCUGAGGAUGACGAGGUCAAGGAACUUCCUCAAAACUUCACUGAGUUUCAUAGACUUGCUUUUGUGAUAAAGGCCACCAAGAAUGACUGUCAGGUCGUUCCGGUUGGAAGUAUUAAACUCAAUCCUCUUCAUGAAGUUAGAAAAAUUAGGAUUUAAAUAUCUUGACCAUACAAACUGUCUUAGUGAAAAAUCAUACCUUCACUUUAGAAGUGCUUAGACUAAAGAUAAGAAAGACUUGAACGAAAAAGAUGAUGCUAUUUUCAGAUUUGAUUUCCUUGAGUCUAUCACUGAUGGUGAUAUCAAAGGAAGCUGGAGUGUCCAACAGGAUACAAAGAAAUCACAAGUAAUUAUCAAAUCUUCUCUCUGGUCAGGCUACUACCCUUGCCACCAUCUGAAGCCUAAGAUAUUUGAAGGUAUCUACAUCAGAAACGGGACUAAAAUGUUGAUCUCCCCUUCAUACUCUAAUAGAAUUAACUGGAAAUUUAUUUCAAUUUU